AUUUAUGUGUGUUUUUCCUCUAGCCAGGUUUUCCUACGUAACCAAGGUUUUUCUGCAGCCCUAGCUCAGUAGAAUCACAUCCACUCGAUUCUGGGCUUUUUUUCUUUCUGGCAGCCAGCAAGUUCUGGUGCCAGGUGAGAGACUUAUAUAGAUCUAUUUCUGGCUCGUUAGCCAUCAUCAGUAAGCCACACCCACAUCUCAUGUAUCCUCCCUGUAAAGAUUUCAAAAGGAAGCCAGAAGGGUUGCUAUCGCCGCGUUUUAAAGCUUCACAACGUAUCAAAUCAUUUCCAGAGUUCUAUCAGGGCAGAAUUUCGUCUCUUAAGAGUAGCUGUAUGAUGGAUGAAAACCAGUCCUACUCAGAAGCGGAAGAAAGGCAGGAAGACCCCGCAGAGACAUCCAAACCUCCUAAAGUCAUUCAUUCUGGCAAAGAGGACGAUUAUGAAAACAUGAAUUCAUGUCAAGCAACCCAGGAAGCAAAAGAGACCACCAACCAACCAGAGGAGAAAAAUCCCAACUCUUCCAUGACAACUAAAGAACUUCAGGAAUACUGGCGGAAUGAGAAACGAAACUGCCGAGAAGUCAAGGUGCUUUUUGAAAUCCCAUCAGCCAAAAUUGUAGAGAAGCCGUUCUCUAAAUAUGUGAAGUACCAAAUCAUCAUAAUCCAGACUGGCAGCUUUGACAGCAACGUAUCCAUGAUUGAACGCCGGUAUUCUGAUUUUGAAAAGCUGCACACGAGCCUAUUUAAAGAAUUUUAUGAUGAAAUGGAAGACCUCGUCUUUCCCAAAAAGAUCCUGACUGGCAAUUUCAUGGAUGAAGUCAUCCUGGAGAGAAAACUGGCUUUCCAGGAUUAUUUGCGAAUUCUAUACUCCAUGGAGUUCAUCAGGACAUCUCGAUUGUUCAUUGACUUCUUAAUAAGGCCUGAGCUGGAAGAGGCCUACAGCUGCCUUCGGGGAGGACAAUACACCAAAGCUUUGAAAGGUCUCCUGGAGGCCAUCGCUUUGCAAGAGAAGCUCACAAAGCACAGACCCAUUCUGUUGGUUCCCACCCUCUGCGCCAUCCUUGUAUGUCACAAAGAUCUGGAGAACUUCAAAAGCGCCUUUGAAUUUGGAGAAAAGGCCCUCCAGCGUUUAGAAAAACAUUCUGGUCACCGGUACUAUCUACCAUUGCUAGAAACGAUGAUCUCCUUAGCAUAUGAGCUCGGGAGAGACUUCUUGUUCUUCCAAAAGAAGAUGGAAGAGAGGAAGGCCAAAAAACUUCCACAGAAAAUGUUGACGCUGAAGGAACUGACAGUACAGGAAUAUGUGCAAUGAGGAGAAGAAAGGGAGAGAAAUAUCAUGCAGCUUUUGACGAGACAGGAACAUUUUCCCAAUCGAAAGGCUGAAAGAUAUUGGGAACUUAGAGGGGGGGGGAAAUACGAGGGAACAGUUUAAUACACAAUUUGUUGUGUGGAGAAAGCAAAACUUCUUGCUCCUUUCUUCUUAUGAUAAAAUUCAGAGAUCACCCAGUGGAAACAUUGCAGAGAACUGUUUUGUAAAAGUGUUCCCUUGGACAUCACCUAAUAAAUCUGCAGAACGUGA